UGAGGGUCACGUGACGCCGCACGGACCCGGCUCGUUCCUUGUCUGAAGACGCCAAGAUGGCGGCGAGCAACUAUUACGGAUUCACGCAUGGUGCCGGCCCGCAGUACAGUGCCCAGCCCGCCCCGGCCUAUUCUCACCCGACGACCGCCAGCUACACGGCGCAGCCCGCCCCCGGCGUGGCCCACGCCGUCACCGCCUCGUACACGCCCGCCGCCGUCCAGUCGGCCGCCCCCGCGGUGUCCGGCGCCUACCAGGGCUACCAGCCCCACGCCGGGGCCGACUAUGGCUACGGGGCCCGCCAGCAGGAGGCCGCGCCCCAGCCCACAGCUGCGCUGCCGGCCUACCAGGACAACUACAGCUAUGGACGGUCUACGCCUGCGGCAAGUUAUGAGAAUAAGCAGUACUAUCAGACGAGCGCAGCUCCUGCUCCGCGCCCAGCCGCAGAAUCGUACUACCAGACAGGCACGAAGGGUGGUUACAGCCAGGCAAGCAGCGGAUACAGCCAACCCCAGCCCCAGAGGCAGGUCACUGCCUUAAAGCCGAUUGCUCCUGCCAGCUCUGUCUCAACCACCUACAACAUCUACCCUGUGUCCACCAGCGUUCAGCAAUCGGCCACCCCCACGUCCAUCGCUUCCUACUCUCCAAGCCCCUCCUACAACUCCACCUCGGCCACUUCAUACUCCGGCUCGAGCUAUUCCACGUAUGACACCAGUGGCUACACCUCCACCCCUUCGUACUACCAGCCCCCCCAGCAGCCGCCGCCCCCCCAGCAGCCGCAGCCCCAGCCACCCCCCCAGCAGCACCCCCCACAGCAGCAGCAGCACCCCCCGAAGCAGCAGACCAGCUCCUCCUGGAGCAACGCCGGGAGCAGCAUGGUCACUAGCCCUGCCAUAGCGAAGAGCAGCUACAGGGUUUUGUUAACCCCUGCUGGGUUUUUUUUUCCUCAGGUGGUGAAGUUACACACCAAGUUGGGAAAACCCAUCCCCUCCACAGAACCGGUUGUGGUGAACUCUGCCCCCGUCGCCACGACGACAACGGCCAGUAAGCCAGCCCCUCCCACUACUACUCCAGCUACCCCGGCAACCCCCCCCAAACCUACCAUCGCCAGCACCGGCAAGGCCUCGCCACUGGUCAAGAAGCCUGCCCCACCCAAGAUCACUUUUGUUGCUCUAAAACUGUCUGAUCAACAGUCAGUAGCAUUGCUGUACGUCGUCGAUCCUUUCUUCCAGGUGCGUAACGAUGACGGCAAGGUGAUACGCUUUCACUGUAAACUGUGCGAGUGCAGCUUUAACGACCCCAAUGCUAAAGAUAUGCACCUGAAGGGGCGCAGGCACAGACUGCAGUACAAGAAGAAGGUCAACCCCGAGCUGCCGGUGGAGAUCAAGCCCAGCAACCGAGCCCGCAAGCUCCAGGAGGGCAAGCUGAGGAAGCAGAAGCAGAAGAGGCGGCGGGAUGAGGAGCAGCGCUGGCACAUGGAGAUGAGGCGUUACGAGGAGGAGAUGUACUGGAGGAGGAUUGAGGAGGAGCACCGGCGCAGGAUGGCCCCUCCACCUCCGCUGAUGGGUCGCCCCGGCAUGCCUGUCCCCCCCCUGCUGCCUCUCCGACGCCCUGACUCUCCCGACGACCGACACAUCAUGGCCAAGCACUCCAACAUCUACCCUGUGCAGGAGGAGCUGCAGGCUGUUCAGAGGAUCGUGUCCCACUCGGAGCGAGCCCUCAAGCUCGUCUCCGACUCCCUGCUGGAAAAGGAAGAACCGAAAGAGGACGAGGACAGCAAGGACAAAGUGAAAGAGGAUCCUCAGGCUCGGAUGCUGAAAGGAGUGAUGCGCGUGGGGAUUCUAGCCAAGGGCCUGCUGUUGCACGGCGACAGGACCGUGGAGCUAAUCCUGCUGUCGGCCAAAAAACCCACCGUCUCCCUGCUCAGCAGAAUAGCCGAGCAGCUGCCUAAGGAACUGGCGACGUUUUCUGAAGAUCAGUAUGAGGUGCAGGCUCACCCUGAGGAAGCCAACAUCCUGAUUUGUUCAAGCAAGGAACCAAAAAUGCAGGUCACCAUCUCUCUCACGUCGCCACUGAUGAGGGGGGACAGUGCCACUGAGAAGGAAGAAAAGGCAGGAGACAAAACGGCCGAGAAAGGAGUAGCCGAGUCUGAGCCGGACCCCCCAGAUGUCCUGGACAGAAAGAAGUGCCUGGAGCACCUGGCUGCCUUUCGUCAUGCUAAGUGGUUCCAGGCUCGUGCCAAUGGCCGGCAGUCCUGUGUGGUCAUCAUCCGGAUACUGCGGGAUCUCUGCCAGCGAGUGCCAACCUGGGGGAAGCUGCCAGGCUGGGCUAUGGAGCUGCUGGUGGAGAAGGCGAUCAGCACUGCGUCUGGCCCUCUCAGCCCUGGGGAAGCCAUGCGCAGAGUUCUCGAGAGUGUAGCCUCCGGAAUUCUGCUGCCAGAUGGGCCAGGCCUGCUGGACCCCUGUGAAAAAGACCAAACCGAUGCUCUUGAAACUAUGACCAAUCAAGAAAGAGAAGAUAUAACUGCAAGUGCCCAGCACGCCCUGAGGUUACUGGCGUUCCGGCAGAUCCAUAAAGUCCUGGGGAUGGAGCCGCUGCCGGUACCAAAAGCCCGUGCCAGCGCCCGGAACCGGAAGAGAAGACGGGAUGCCACCGAAUCCGGAGAUGGAGAGGGAGAGGGCGAGGGAAAGAAGGACAAAAAGGAAGAUACAGACGAUGCCUAACCACUGUCGGAGCUGCAAACCGCUCAAGAGCAAAGCAACUUUUUUUUAUGUAUACAUGACUAUAUAUACACUAUAUAAGUUACUGUUUAGUAUAUGACAUUUGGCAGUUUUUAGAGGGGAAGAUGGGAGCAGAAGUGGCAGAAAGCCUUGACUGCCAUUCUUUCCCUUAACGUACUGUAGUUUUUUUUUUUAAUCGUGCUUCAGACUGGUUUUGGCAUCACGUAGGAAAAAAAUAAUUGCAUCAUUCCAUUGUGCAAAUCUUUGCCCCCCUGACUACUGUAUCCCCAUCUAAUGUUCCAACCACUGUUAGGAUUUUUUUUUUAAGCCUGAGCACUUUCGUACUUGACGUUCAUUUCAGCUCCUUUGUGAGCAAGAGAACUGAAAUCGUGUACAGAGGCCAGUUUAUUUAACUCCUCGUUAAGCCAGACUCCAGUGUUUAUUUUUUAGGUUGCAUGUUUAAUUCUGUGCAGAAAGAAGGCUACGCAGGGACAGAGCACCUCGGCGUAGAGCGCGUGGUCAGUGUUGCAUGAACUUCGCAGAGGGGUUUGUGCUUUGUAGCAUUCACCCGGCUCUGGAAUACGACAUUGUGGAUUUUCAAAGAAAUCCAAAAAAAGAAUUCGGGUUUCUAGAGCUGUAUUUUUGUACUUGAUUUACCGUACCCAAAAUGCAACAAGGUAUGUGGUAUUUGGUGUGUGCACUAGGAGCUUUUCAUGUCGGAAGGUGCAGUCUUUUAAAUAACACUACUGGGGAAGCAGAAGGAAAUGGGCAGGAGUGGGGAUGUCAAGGGGAGACCUUGGGGGAAGGAUUCCCAGAUUUUAGAUUUCUCAUGGGGAAAGAGAAAAGGAUUCUCCCCAGGCAGGGGUGGGGAAAACAAAAAAGCAGAACAGCCUCUGUUUGCUGCUUUGUAAAAAAAAAUCUUUUCUGUCAAGUUGGUGUUCGCUUGUAAAACUGAACACGUGCCAGAGUGUGUGCACAAGCAGCCUGAGGGGUGCAGGGUGGUGGAGCAGAAGCACCCCGGUCCUGUGCCUGUGCCACGCCCCCGUAGCUGCUGAAAGUCAGAGUCACAGUAGAUGCUGCCUGCACUAGGCCCUUUUCCCUUGGUGAGGGGGCACAUCAUGAAAUUGUCGUUUGGUUUCAGAAAUAAAUUUAAAUGACUUGUUAAAUCUCUCACCCCUCGAGUGCACGAUCGGCUGACCUGAGGCUGAGGUUCGGUUGCAAGUUGUCUGUACCGGAGCCCACAGCAGAACGGAGGCUAUUGGACUCCCAGGAAGUGCAGGAGUGCCAGUGCAGCUCCAAACUCUCACUCCAGGAGAAGAGUUUAACCAGCUCAAUUGUGCAGCACUUGUGCAGAGAAACUGGAUAAAAGCAAAAAAAAAAAAUUGGGACUCUUUGCUAUUAAAGUUGGGGAUGUUCAGGUGUAACUUGGACCUGGGCUUUAUGUUAUCCACUUUCCUGUUGUGUUAACUGGCAAAGAUGGGAAAACUUGUGAAUAGUCCUGCUUUUUUUUUUCCUAAGAGGAUGGUGAUUCCUUUGGUGAACCAUCUUGAUAUCCAUUAUGUGGGGGGUGGAAAUACCUUAUCUGUAAAGCUUCUCAGUGAAGCUAAUUUUGGAGAACAACAGUGAAGUCCUUCAGCUUGAUGAAUAAAUGCACUGUUCUGUGUGCAUUUUUUAAAUAAACUUGUGUAUUAUGGUCACUUUGAUUUGUAAAAAAAAAAAUUGCAAGGUUCAUAGUCCUGUUUACUUCUCAGCGAUUUUUAUUUUUGAGGAUGUUACUUUUUGCCAGUUUUUAUUUUGUAUGUGUUACAAGGACAGUGUGUAUGUGGCUUUAAUAUUUGAAUGUCUUUGUAGUGCUGCCUAAAAAAAAAAAGACAAUUAAAGAAGUUAAGCUUCU